CUGCUGGAAAGAAGGCAAUCAGCCACCCCAUCGCGGGAUCGGGAACAUGGUUCCAGUGAUAGCCCGGUUGUUAGCCGUUCCGAGAGUUCAGCAGUGGAUGAGCUGUCAUGAAACACCCACACGGAUAUUCUGCCAGCGCACAAUCCUAUUGGUCCGGAGCGAUAGUUUCGCGAGAAACAAGCGUUUUGAGGCCUCUCAUAUGCGGCCCACUCAAAUUGUUCAAGGUUGAAGACGACUCGACUAAUUUUGUCAGCUCGCCACUUCUCGCUUGGGCUUGCAUCCGCCUAGACCGCUUGCGCAAUGGCUAUCGAUUCGUGCGCCUCAUGGACUCUCGUGGUUGUCCCGUUGAGGGCGGGAAACUACUCGUCAAGGUCGAGAAGACCAUUGCAUGAUCUGAUCUGUCGGACAUUGCGACGGCAGAAGCGCACAGGGUAUAGCGCUGAGCGAUUAUGACCCUCCAAAUCAACUCACCGACCUUGGCUUGCGUCGCUUGUGUCUCUGACUGGAAUGCGCUACGGGCCGAUGUUGGAGGGAUCACCGAUGGGGUCUAAGGCUAGA